GUUUUUUUUAUAUUACGAUACAAACAAAACAAAGUGUAUGUGUAAUUAAUAACACAUACACUUUAUGUUGUUUUCUACAUACAAUUGUAUAUAGAGUAUACUGUGUUGUGGGUGCGUUUACAAUGUUUUGAAGCAACCUUGAUUAUACAAAACAAUACCUAUUUUCCAAAUAACUAGUAAAACUUUCUACCAUACUUUCACCACUUUUUUAAUGUUGCAACAUUUUCAACUUUUUUUCGACGAGAGCGCCAACUGGUGACUAAUUUCUGUAACUUCAUAUUGAUAUCUCUGGCUCUAUGUUCAUGUUGUAAUUUAUUUUAGUAAUUUGUGCUACUUGCUGACAAAUCCAAUGUUUAUUAACUAUGUGUUCGUGUUUGGUUUAUUCUCGGCUUUAAGGAAUUAAAAAUCUUGUCUCCAUGUAUAUGUUAUGCGGCAAGUUACUUUCAAAACCAAUGACAUUAGAUGAACUCGAUGUGCGUUUUGGCCAUUUUACUUGGCUUGCGUUGGUGAUUCGUACAUAGUCACGUGACCAAAGUAGUUUUUGGAUCAAUGGCGCCAAAUGUCUGUUACAGAAAAUGUUUACAGGACGCAAACUGAAGUGCCAUGUAGUGAAUGAUGUGACAUUCUACACAAUGUUGUUGCCGCGUUCUAAGUGUAAAGCAGUAGAAGGAUCGUGAACAUGUAGGUUGUGGACAAUUUAGCGAGAUGUCGUUGAGAGGCACAAAGCGGGCGACUGGGAUGCGCGGUGAUGAAGCCGGCGUAUCCAAGCGCCGCAGGACGGAGCCCGAGGAUGCUCUCUGGCAGCUCCGGCCUGUUAGUGACCUCAAGAUGUCAUCAAUAUAUAACAGGAGUGCCUCUGAGGCACCCGCAGAACUAUUCAGAAAGGACCUUAUCAGCGCUAUGAAACUGCCGGACAAUGAGCCACUUACACAGUCUUCAUACUGGGUUAUUACCGACACGUGGAAGCAGGAUUGGGAGAGAGGAGUACAGGUUCCUGUUAAUCCUGACUCCCUCCCCGCGCCCAAAGUCAAGAUCAUUGACAAUCCACAACCACCAGACUUUCAAGAAUUCAAAUUGCCUAAGGACAAAUAUAUUCACCUCAGUCGAGAUGAUCACUACCAUUCAGACAAACACAUACUGAGUCAAACGCCGGCGCGAGCCGAGGCCGCUUGUAGUUAUGACUUGGAUGCGGCUGACACUGCAUGGCUCAAACUGUUGAACGCAGAGCGCGCAAGGGCAGGCGCACCGCCCGUCACAGAAGAUCAACUAGAAAAAGUCAUCGAAGAACUAGAGUAA